GGGAACAUGUCUGUGCUGUGCUACAACAGGAGCUGCGGAAAGCGAUUUGACCCGGACAACAACUCCGAUGAUGCUUGCCUCUUCCAUCCGGGGGUACCCGUGUUUCAUGAUGCUCUCAAGGGUUGGUCCUGCUGCAAGAGGCGCACCACAGACUUCUCAGACUUCCUGAGUAUUAAAGGCUGCAGCCGGGGCCCCCACAACAGUGAGAAACCAGCAGAGGCAGUGCAGCCAGAGGUGAAGACAUCAGGAAAGAAGAAGGAGAUCGGAGAGGAGCUGAAACCUGGAGGAGACCCUUACAUCAUUCAAGCUCCUAAACCACAGGAGCAGGUCCAGAGACUGAGAGAUGAGACACCGCUGGUCAGAUUACAGCAAAAGGUGUCCCCUUCACUGAAUCAGGCUCUUGAAAAACUCAACCUUAAUGGCACUAAAUAUCCUGAAAACAAAGAGGAAGAGGGAGAGGAGGUGAAGAUUGGUACUUCUUGUAAAAAUGGAGGAUGCUCUAAGUCUUACUUUGGACCAGCAAGUGAUGAGGAAGUCUGCACUCACCACCCUGGAGUUCCAAUUUUCCAUGAGGGUAUGAAGUACUGGAGCUGCUGCAGGAGGAAAACAUCAGACUUCAACAACUUUCUGUCCCAGCAGGGCUGCACUACAGGAAACCACCUCUGGAAGAAAAACAAUCAUGGGACGAAGGUGAUGCCGUGUAGAUUUGACUGGCACCAGACCAGCAGUCAAGUUAUCAUCUCCAUCUAUGCAAAGAACUCCUUGCCAGAGCUCAGUUUUGUCGAGGCCAACAGCACCACGGUGAACAUUCGUGUAAUGUUUGAAGGAGAUAAAGAGUUUGAACAGAAGAUCAUUUUAUGGGGGGUUGUGGAGGUAAAAAACAGUGCGGUGAACCUGAUGGCUUCUAAGAUGGAGGUGUCUCUUAAGAAGGCUGAACCAAUCACAUGGGCCCGUCUGGACCUGCCCUCCCUCCCACAGAAUGAGGAACAGGAGGACACCAAGCACACAUAGCACACUCGGAGCUCACUUCCAGCUUGUUCCCCUCUUUAGUCUUUUGUCGCCUGUGUGUCUGUCCUCCCCUUCAGUAGUGUCACUGUGGCAAAUCUGAUUUCUUGCACUUGCACUUGACCUCCUUUUAAAUUAAAUGUUUAAUGUCAGACCUUUUAUUAAAAGUAAACAGAUGAAACCUCAAACCUUGCACAAGUCUGAUACAGGCACUAACACUGGCAAUGUACUGUAGCUUUAAUGAAGGGUUAAGGGAUAUAACUGUGGUUAGGCAGCUUAUUUAUCUAGCCACAUGGAUGAAUCAAUUUUAGUCUUAAGUUAUCUCUUUGAUAUUUUUCUCUAAUCCCAAAAAGGUUGAUUCUGUUCAUCUGGAUGUAGCGUUUUCAGUGGCAGAAACAUUCCAAGUUACUUGGAUAAGUGACUCGAAAUGUUUCUCCCACUGGAUUUCCUUACCUGGAUGAUUGAGCAUGCAUCAAGACAUUUUUCUCUAAUUAGUAUGUGUUGUUGUCAGCCUCCACAAUAUGGAAUUCAUGUGUUAUUUCUAUGCAUUCUCUUUAAGUGUCCUUAUACAAAAAUCACACAAAGAAGUCACAAAAGAUAUUUAUGAGUGUAAGAACACCAAUGUUGUUUCCAGUUAACACAGUAUCAGAUUUAUUCACCCUAACUGUAUGGAUUAUAUUUUUUAUUAUCAUUUGUGAAAUUAUUGUCAUAUUUUUGCCUUUACACUGUAACUUUUCCUGGGAGCCGGAACACCUGAUAGUCACUUAAGCUUUUUUUUUUUUAUAACUGUUGUUCGAAUUUUUAGGCUUCAUUGCCUCGUAAUGUCAUUCCUUGUAUGUCAUAACUUUGACAGCUCAGCAUUUUAAACAUAGGAUAAAUGUUUGACAGUGUUUCCAUUACAUGAGAUCAUUUUAUCAUGCAAUAAACUUUGCUAUGUACCUUUCA